AUGCUAAAGGAUUUAUCUGUCAAAGGCGACCAUCCGGACGCGUCACAGUCACCCGCAAAGUCCAAGGAGGGAGGGUAUUUUCAGUGCGGUUUCUGUAAACGUCACUAUAAUCGCGCAGACCAUUUGAUCCGCCACGUACGAUCACACACGCGCGAAAAGCCCUAUGUCUGUGAUGUGUGCGACAAAGGCUUCGCCCGACCAGACCUGUUAAAACGACAUGCCGCUGGCCAUGUGCAUGACCGCGAUCGCAAGCGCAAGCGAAGCUCUUCAAUUACCAAGCAAAGCCGGGUAUCACAGGCCUGUAAGGCGUGUGCCUCCUCGAAGCUGAAAUGCGAUGAGGACAAGCCCUGCCGCCGGUGUCGCGAGCGAAACUUGCAGUGCGAUUGGCAAGACGUCUUGCAGGAUUCGUCCCCGGAGCCACUUCAGCAAAGCCUGCUCGCGGAUGACCAACCGCACAAUCUAGCAACGCCUGUAGCAACAACCUUUUCGCCCAAUUCAACCCCAAUAGAUGAAUUCCCGCCCACAAAUAUACUAGCAACGCCACGCGGAGCCCCGGAGAUGGCCAUUUCUCCGAACCAAAUGCCUCCCGGUGACGAGCAGGUUUCAUUGGAAUAUGAAGGUAGGACCGUCAUGGUUCAGCAACUCAAGAGCAAGGCAGUGUCUCCCAAUGACCACGAGAGUGGGAUUUUCAGUGUCGAUGGCACAUUCUUCCCCAAUUUUAUCCCCGACUCUUUAAUUCCCUCAUUGGCUCGGUAUAAUGAUCCCGAUCCGUCCAGCAUGAUUCCAGAAUAUACUCAGUACGGCGCACUAGACAAUGUGCAGUUUGAUUUUGACCUGAAUGAUGGCGACUUCGGUCUGAUUGAUUUUUAUAAUACACGAAAUCUGCUUCCUGGGUUACAUGAGCAUCUCACAGAACAAAACAAUGUCCAGUUCGAUGCCGACAGUGGUAUCGCAAUGGGUGCCGAGGCCUAUCACCGCUCCUCCCUGUCAGCGUGGAAGCCUAACCACGGGGACUAUGCGUGCAACGACCAUGAGAAUCUGUCUGUCCCCCAGACAAUCGAUAGCCCAGAGGCCAGCGUGAUGUCCGACCGCCAGAUUCUCUGUGAGCGGCUGUCGCCCUACGGCCGUGACCUGAUCUUCGGCAUGGUUCUCGAGACCAGUCGCAAGGCCCACCUGAGACGCAUUAUGCGAUCAUUCCCCAGUACUGACUUGUUGGACGGAUUGAUCCAACAAUAUUUUGAGAUUCAAAAACAUGGAGUGGACUCUUGGGUCCAUGGACCAACUUUCCAGCCGAAUGAGCAAGAUCCCGCCAUCCUUGGUGCGCUGGCGGCCGCUGCGGCCGUUCGCUCUACGGUUCCAACAAUCAGAAAGCUUGGAUAUGCCCUGGUCGAGAUUGUGCGGCUAUAUAUGGCUGGGAGGGUAAUUAUCACUCCCCAAAUAACAGAGAAGAAAGCUUACACCACACAGUAUGAAAGUGACAAUAGUAUCACCCGCGAUCUCCGGAUUUCCCAGGCUUAUUCCUUGACCAUCGACGCCGGUAUCUGGAGUGGUAAUCGACGCAAGACGGAAAUAGCAGAGAGUUUUACGCAGCCAUUAGUAACAAUGCUUCGACGUGCUCUGAGAUUUCGUCGCUCGGUAUAUACUAUGAUUGUGCCUCUUGUUGAGGACACCGGCGAGGCUUUGGAACGCAGGUGGCGAGAAUGGGUUGAGCAAGAAUCCUUCAAGAGACUUGUAUACCAUGUAUUUUUGCAUGAUGCACAGACAGCCAUGGCCCUCAACGUCAAUCCCCUCAUUUCAUAUGCCGACCUGGAACUCCCACUGCCGGCGAAGCGCCAAUUAUGGGAAGCUAAAUCAGCUGCUGAGUGGAAAGGGCUCUAUCUUGAGUCGAUGACUACGGAACGCAUUCCGUCACUCGCCGACUUACUUCGUGACAUGUCUCAGUUAUCUGUCUUCCAAGAUCGCAUUGAUAUCCAAUUCACGGCUUUGGUCCUUCUUCAUGGCAUGUCCGCAAUGAUCAAUGAAUAUCAUCGACUGAGAUUUAUUUCGACUGGAGACUCGAAGCAUUGGCAUGCCCUAGUGACCAAUUCCCGUCAGCAAGAAUUGGACCGAGCGCUUCAACACUUCCGCAUGGUGUGCUCCGAAUUGUGCGUUCAAUCCCGCCCGGAGAUUGUGCUCGUUUGCGAGGUUGUUUCAAUGCUCCUCCAUAUGUCCCUUGAAGAACUACAGCUUUUCGCUGGGAAGGAAGACAAACAAGAAGCACGCCGCGUAUACCAUUCCGCGCUGGAGUGGAUUACAAGCCCAGAUUCUCGGCGAGCUGUCUGGCAUGCAGGUCAGACUAUUCGUGCGGCUCGCGAGAUGGCGCCUGGCUCCCUGACUGGAUUUUUGGCUAUUGGCGUAUAUUAUGCCAGUCUGGCCUUUUGGUCCUAUAGCGUUGUAUCCAAGGCUAAGAAUGUUCAGCUUCUUGGAAGCCCGGCAGCUCACCUCGCUAGUCGUGGACCCACUGUGUUCUUAGAUGGCGAGGAGGUGGCCGACGUAUCUAAAUUUGUCACGUUGGGUUGCGGUCUUCCGGCCCUACAAAGUCCAAGUGGACCGGCUUUUCUGGCAGACCCUGCGACGGUGAUGCAGGUGGUCCAAGACGUGCUCCGGGGACAGAUGCCCAACGAUACAAUUCCACCUCUGGUGCAGAGUCUCGCUCAAUUGAUGGGCGAUUUGGGACACUGUGCCCGUGGGGAGGAUAAUGAUACCGGGACUAAUUCCUCAAAAUCCAUUAUGUACUAG